ACUCUUUUUCUCUUUAAUUUUCACCAUUGUCUCUCCGGCUUCGGCCAUAAUCUAAUAAAUUUCAGCAUAGCAUCCGAAAUUGAAAUUGAAGUUGAAUUGGAAAAUGGAAUUGCUAGCAUUCUAGCUCGUUCUCUCUCUCUUCGGAAAACGAAAACAAGGAAUUAUUGGAACCUGAAUGCAGACACGAUCUCAGCUUCAGAGUUCAUUGAAAGACAACGCAACACACUUGUCGGGCAGAGCAAGGCUCACGCGAGUACUCUUUUUCCGACUUCCAUUGGAGAAAACAGGCACUAAAUGGCAGCAUAUUGGCUCAUUCGCACCUCACGCAGGCUCCUAAACCCAUCUAUCACUUCUUCAUCCUCUGUGGUCUCUCUUUCUCACUCAGCAGCAUUAUUGUCAUCAUCAACAACAACAGCCAAGAGUCCAGGACUUGACAACCAAUUCAUUCAAGUUUCCCAUUGGUUUCAAUGUUAUGGAUUUACUCGAGGUAGUUUUAAAUUUUCCCAGGAGAAGUGUGUACCUUUUUCAAAUUACAGACUUUCAGUUGCUUGGAUAUCAACAUCACCAUCAGGAUUAGCUGACAACCCAAGGAAAGGUGAAAAUCAGAAUAAUGGCAAUGAUGGAAAUACUGUCAACAUUCCUUCAUGGAUCGACUUGUAUUUACCAAGCAGUAUUCAGCCUUAUGCUAAGCUUGCUCGCCUUGAUAAGCCCAUUGGGACUUGGUUACUUGCUUGGCCUUGUAUGUGGUCAAUCACCUUGGCAGCAUCCCCUGGAAACCUUCCUGAUUUUAAGAUGUUGACGCUUUUUGGUUGUGGGGCACUGCUUUUGAGGGGUGCUGGGUGUACUAUCAAUGAUCUGCUUGACCGUGAUAUUGAUACAAAGGUGGAGCGUACAAAGCUGAGACCAGUUGCAAGUGGCCUUCUGACACCAUUUCAGGGUAUUUGUUUUCUUGGGUUUCAACUUUUUUUGGGUCUUGGAAUUCUCCUUCAACUGAAUAAUUAUAGCCGCAUCUUGGGGGCUUCAUCCUUGUUGCUAGUCUUCUCAUAUCCUCUAAUGAAGAGGUUUACAUUUUGGCCUCAAGCUUAUCUAGGUCUGACUUUCAAUUGGGGAGCCUUAUUAGGGUGGUCUGCAAUUAAAGGAGGUUUAGACCCAGCUAUUGUGUUCCCGCUAUACUUUUCUGGAGUAUGCUGGACUCUUGUCUAUGAUACGAUAUAUGCACAUCAGGAUAAAGAAGAUGAUCUUAAAGUCGGUGUUAAAUCAACAGCCUUGAGAUUUGGGGAUUCAACAAAGGAGUGGAUUAGUGCGUUUGGAAUUGGAUGUAUAAGUAGUCUUGCCCUCAGUGGAUUCAAUGCUGCAAUUGGGUGGCCAUAUUAUGCUUUUCUGGCAGCUGCGUCUGGGCAAUUAGCUUGGCAGAUAUGGACAGUUAACCUAUCAUGCCGAGCUGAUUGCAAUAGAAAAUUUGUGUCCAACAAGUGGUUUGGUGCUAUUAUCUUCAGCGGGAUUUUAUUUGGCAGAAUCUUCCCCUAAAGGUAGCACGGAUAUUUACUGCAAAUUCAGACUUCAAACCCCCUCUGGCAUUUUUUCGGUUUUUGUUUCUCGGUGUGAGAUUGAAUUAAAGUGGGUUAGUCAAAACUCAAGACUUUCCUUUUCUUUUCGGUUUAUUUAAGGUGGGAGAGAAUUCGAGAAAUAAUUUUGUAGGAACAAGAAUAAUGUUGUAAUAUCUGCUCACAUUGUACCUGUAUAAAUUGGAAUAACAUAAUUGUCGGAUGGAAAAGAAUUUUGUUACAUUAAAUGAGAACAAACUAU